AUGUCUGCCGUCUUUUAUACCAUGAAUAUGGACCGUGAGGUCACCGGAGAUACCGGCAUGGUCAUGGACAGUCGAGACGUUCUCGCCUCAUUCGAUAAAUGGGCAGAAGAGUCCGACUCUGAAAUGUCUUUGGGAGGCGACGACAAAGAAAACGAAGAUGUCGACGAGGACACUCCCCAGUCUCAGCCCCGUCCUCGCAAACGCACCACUCGCCAGCCACUCUCGACAUCCACAAAGUAUCGUCUCGGUCCACGCAGAAAAUUGGCCGAAAAAGAUGUCGACUUUGAGAUCUACAGAGACGAGACAGCCCAUGACAACCCCCCCUGGCGCAGAGACUACUACGGCAGCAACCUCCCUGCCCUCGGCGAAAUCUACAACGAGGUCAAGUUUAAAUACGCCGUGAACCACCACGUCCGCCGUCACCACCGCACCCUCAUCGCGGACGCAGAGGAAGCUGGAGACGAGCAAUUGGCUGACCAACUGUGGAAUAUCACCGUGGAACAGCCCUGCAAUCUUGAGCGUCUAAGCGCCGCCUACGUCUGGGACGUGGACUGCGACCCUCUCGAUACCUGGCUCUGGGUCCAAGACAAGGGCUACCAUUGCAACUGGACCGAGCGCCAGAGGCAAAGAUUCGUGGAAUUCCUAGAGUGGGUGAAGCCAAUCAUGGAGAGGGGCAUAGUCGUCGCUGCCACGGACCGAGCAGAAGCAGCACAUGUGGACGAGUGGAAUAACAAAAUCAUUUCACUACAGUUUCAGUCCCUCGACCUCUCCAACCUUGACCUCGUCAAGGAGUCCAUGGCGAAACUCGUCCUUGUGCCCAUCGGAGAAGAUGAGAACAUCCUCCACCGGGCUGACUUUGCGGAAUCGGAGCAGGCGCUCAUAGAUGAUAUGUGGGAUGGGCCUGGGCGUUGGGCUCCUGGGGAAGAGAAGGUGCCUCCUUUGGAGAGCGACUUUUCUGGGGAGGAGUCUGAAGAGGAAUCGGAGGAAGAUGAGGAGCCGUACGAGAUUGAGCCGGCGUUUGAGGGGGAUGAUUUGAUUGCCUUUUGA